AAGUUCAACAAACCAAUCAAACCAAAUAUAUUACCAGUUGCUCUAUCCUCAUUAACAUUUGGAAAUAAUUUUAAUCAAAUAAUUGUAGUUGGGUCACUUCCACCAUCACUUACUACUUUGUGUUUUACAUUGUAUUCCAAAUAUAAUCAUCCAUUCAUUCCAGGAUCAUUACCAUCAUUACUAAUCAAUCUCACUUUGGGAGAAAAGUACAAUCAAUCAUUCAGUUCUGGAUCACUACCAUCCUCACUUCUCCAUCCAUCAUUCCCUAAUAAUUCAAAGUAUGAUCACGAUUUUCAAUCAAAUGUUCUUCCAUACUCUCUUCAAACAUUACUACUUGGACCAUCGUUUAAAAAAUCACUUAACAAUUGUUUACCUCAAUCAUUAUUAUCACUUACAUUAGGUGAAGUUUACAACUUACCAAUCUUUGAGAAUACUUUGCCAAAAGGAUUGAGGGUUCUAAAGUUUGGAUAUUGGUAUACACAACCAAUGUCACCAGGUGUGUUGCCAAAUAGUAUUGUCGAUCUAUCAUUGUAUUAUAUCAAUGAUUAUAAAACUAUUCGUACCAUUCCUCUAGGAGUACUCCCACCCUCUCUUACAAGGUUACAAGUAGCUGGUGACCUUGAUCUUUACACAAAGGAUAGACUCCCAAACACCCUCACAGACCUGACAAUUAGAGAGCUUCAAAUAGAUACUCAUAUUUCAUUUAAAGAUCUACCCAGUUCCCUUGUAAGACUGAACCUUCAAAGACGUUUAGGAUUGGGUUUAUUUGAUCACAUUGCCCUGGCCAGUUCAACACUUCCUUAUCUUCAAUCAUUAACACUAGAAUCAUCGACUGCAACUCCAGCUGAUAUCGCACCAGGGUGUCUUGUUAGUUCAUUGACAGAGCUCAAAAUAGGAAACUCCUAUAGAUGUAGAUUAUUAGCUGGAUCAUUACCUGGUACACUUACCUCUCUAGACCUUGGUAGAUUAUAUAACUAUGAUUUAGAUACAACAAUUUUACCAAGUUCACUCACUUCAUUACUUAUUGGAUAUGAUGGAUUGGUGCCAAUGAGGAUAACAUUUCCAAAACUUCGCCAGUUGUCUCUUCCUACCAUUCAACAUCUAGAGAAUGUCAGUUGUUUAGUUGAUUCAUUAUAUGCUUCAGUUCCUUUUAAAAGAAUGUUACUCGAUAUGAAAUCAAUCAAUGACCAUAUGAGCUUACUCUGUAUCCGAGAGUGUAAAUCAACAUAUGGAUACGUUAAUCAAAUCAAUCGUUGUUUGAAAAUAGUAUUAGAUAAAAUUCCAAAUGUAAAUAUAUAUAGAAUAUUAGUAGCUGGAUAUGAUAUACAAUUCAGGAGAAUCGACAAGAACAAAGGAGUACUCUACUCUGAAGUAACCUCGAAUAAGAAGACAUCAUCAGUUCAAACAAAGAAGUCAAUACAUAUUCUUAAGAUU